AAGGGUCGCGUUCCAUGUGUACCCGCCAGCAAUGGCACAUCGUUGUCGCCGCUCUGCGCACAAAAAUCGCGUUUGCACAGUGAAAUCGUCUCGAACAGUGCCCGUGAAAAAUGCGACAGCCGUGUCCCGUCGAUCGGCGUCGUUCUGUGCAAAAAGUUUGCGGUAAUUGUACGUACGACAAGAGUACCAACGAGAAGAAAAAGCAGCGGCGACUCGAGGCUGACGGUGGACGAUCAUGGAGUGUUUCGAGGGAAACAGUGUCGAUCGACGUGACAGGAAUCCGUUUUGCGUACGAAACACGCGCAUCGACGGCUCCUAAAAGCCUCUGUUCCUACGAUCGUGUCUCGUAAAACCUCGGACACGAGAAAAGUGCGUGGAAAGUGACAGGUUAAGUUUCGAACAGGGGACGCUUGCCUCCAAACAACACACCUCGGUCGGUAACGUAAAGAAAUCGAUACCUAGCUCGGUGGAUGCGGUCGGAUUUCCCGCGAAUUUUAUCUGUUCAUUGUUUUUACAAUUUUGAAACGUGUUCCAGCGGCUAAUCGAAACAGCGAAUUCUCGAUUUGUACGAGAAAUCGAGUUGUCGCGCUUAAAUUUAUUUCCAUUGUCGAACGAUCGGUGAUUCCACCUGUUAGAGGUGUUAUUUGUUUGAAAGUGAACACACGCUGUAAAUGUUCCUUUGAACAACCGAUUUCGUUUGAUAAUUGACAAAUGUCACGGAUGAAGCACUCGUACAGCUUCUUCGCGCCAAAGAAGACGCCAGGGACGAGACUAAAGACUUUCUUUGCCAAAGAGACGCGGAAAUAAUAUAUACUUGUACAUAUGCAGAGAAUAUUUAAUCGGAUCGUCGAGCGGGAGGAUCACGGAGAGACAAGAGAGAAAGCUUGGGACCAUAGAUUACCGGGUAGUUUCAGUGAAAGUGUGCCGACGAUCGCAAACAAUAUAUUCCGGAGCUUCGUGCAAUUUUCGUAAGGCUGCAACGAUGCGCGAAUUAUGGAAAUUCGGCACGUCGACGUAGCGAACCUAACGUAAAGGGACCGUUGAAAGAUCAUUCUAGAAAUAAUGUAGAAAUUCUAGGAAACUUUUCGGACCGGUAAUCGACGUCGAGGACCAAUCUAAAACUAUAUAUUUAAACAAACCUAGAAGAUAAAAUCCAAGUGCAUAAAACAAUUUUUAAGAAAUAUUCGAGCUAUCCCUUCGGGUUGCGCAACAAGGGACGAGUUCCAAGAAUAUCCCGGCUAAAAAUAGCGCGGCAAAAAUUUGAAGGAUUCGUCUUGGGCACAGAUCGUUGGUAAAUUCCGUGGAUAUCGGGAUAUCGGACGAGGGGGAAUCGCCGGCGAACCGAAGGUCGCGUCCAGAUGAAAUUUCACAAAUCCUCGUCGUCCAGCCCGAAGAUGGAAUUGCUCUCGAGGCGGUCGUCGGGCGACAGGAUGUCGACCCUGAAAAGGUCGAGAUCCUUCCGGGCGUCGUUGAAGCUGAUGUCGAAGCUACGGGCGCACGCGAAUCUGCGUCUGAACGCCGGCUUUGAUUUGUCCCCGGUGAGCGUGCGGGAUCAGCGGGAUCGGAAACGUCCUAACAAACAGUUAUCCCUGGUGGAGGAGUCCUCGAGCCCUGCCCGCAACACGGAGCACCCUUCGGGCGAUCCUCCGAGGAACGCGAACGGGCCGCCCGAGGGCGGGGCCAGGCGUUCGACGAGCGAGAACGAGCUGGAGUCGCAGAAAAUCAGCAAGGAGCUGAAAAGCAAAUUGUGUCUGACGGACAGGAUAAUGAGGAAGAGCCGCAAGGAGCCCGAGAAACCGUCGAAGCCGGCGAACAACCCCAUGUCGCCGAAAGUGGCGCAUAUUUUCCGCUGGAAGAGCUGCGAGGAGACGAGGAAUUCGUCCUGCUGCGACAGGAAGGACGUUUGUCAUCCUAACCGCGUGUCCUACGAGAAUCCUACCUUCUGCCUGGACAGCUCCUUGGACUCCUCCGUCUCGAGCUUCUUGUUCGAGCCCGGCAGCUUGGAUCGCUGCAUCGAGGACGACUGCAAGAACGAUUCCCCGGAGAAGUCUGGCCAGGAUCCAGGCUUGACCGUCCUCGUGGAUCCCCAGAGAUCUUGCGAGGAGAAGUUCGUCUAUCGAAGAGACACAGGCAACUGCGAUCGUCCUCUGAUGGUAGGAUCCAAGGCCAGGAGCCUGUCGGUGAACGACGUCGUUCUCCAGGACGAAGGAGCCGUCAGCCUCGACUUGAACGUCGACACCUUCGACUCCUUGAUAACGACUGUCGAGGAUCUGGAGCGGAAGUCGCCGGAUGUCGUCAGGAAAGCCACCGUGUGCUCGUCCAGGUCCUGCAGGAUCAGGACCGUCGACAAUUUCGCCAACUUCUGGUCGAACGCCCGCGGCGGCAGCUUCCGCAGCAAAGUCUCCGUGGGCAGGAAGAAGUCGAUCAAGGAUUCGAGGGACCGGGAGGCUGUCGGACAAGAUAGGAUCCUCGUUGCGACCACUUCGGGAACAAAGUUGUACUCUUUGCAAGGGAUGGAGUUCCUGGAGGGUUUCGGCAAGAAAAAGCAGCAACCGAAUCAGCCGAAUAGCGUAUCGUCGGUGCACAUCAAUCCCCUGUCGGCACAGUCCCUCAACAUCCAUCUGCAUGCUCUCUUCGCAGCCGUGGAACAUGGACACCUGGACAAAGCCCGGAGCAUUCUGGAAUCCACGGACGUGGACGUGAACAGCGUGAACAGCGACGGUCUAUCGGCCCUGGACGUCGCGGUGCUCAGCAACAAUAGGCCGCUGGCAAAAAUGUUGGUCGCGUUCGGCGCGCAGGAGGGCAACCAAUUCAAGUCCCCGGAGUCACUGGGCAGUCACCUGGCCUCGUUGCUGUCGGAAGCGGAGCACAGGGUCCAGGAGCUCGGCGGGAACACUUCCGGUAGCGGCGGGACCACCCUUUUAGAGCCGCCGAGCAGCCAUAGAUCAAGUUUUUCCUCGCAGCAUAACAAUCUCACGGGAUGCGGUGGCAGUGCUGAGGACAAGCAACUUGCUCUGUGGGAGAGGAGGGCGAGAGCUCUCAGGAAGAUGCUUCUUGGAUUUGAUCAAGCGAGGCCACCGGAUAUGCCAUUCCUGGUCGCAGUCGACGUCACAGGGACCAGCUCGGUGACGGUGAGGUUCCAGGAGCCGGAUUCUCACGACUCCUCGAUCUGCACGAAGUUCAAGGUCCAAUGGAGCAUCAAAGAGGAUUUCUCUGUGAUCUGCGGGGAGAGGGAGGUGCUGGAUAUGAAGCAGCGAGAGUGCAGGAUCGACGAUCUGAUCCAGGGACAGAAGUAUCACUUCCGCGCAGCUGCCGGGAACUUGAAAGGCUACAGCAGGUUCAGGAACUCGACGCCCGCCCAUGUCACUCCUAGCAGUUGGAGGGACAUCGAUGGCAGAAUGCCAAGGUUUGCCGGCCGGCUGGAGCAGCUGAAUACUCUGUUUACGGACAUAAGACGGCCGGAGUACACGCAGGAGACGCCGGCAGUGCAGAGGCGCAACCACAAGAAGAAAACGACGAUAAAACAGCUCUUCUCGGCGACCAGCAAGUUCCAGAAGAACCUGAGGCGCGGCGUGUUCCUCGCCUGUCUGCUGUACCACGAAGACAAGGUGCUCGUGACCAACGAGGACUUCUUACCUGUAAUCGAGGUUGACGAGACCUAUCCCAGUUGUAUUUACAACGACUUCCACUGGCUGAUGAAGGUGGCCUGCACCUGGGACGACGUGAAAACCCUUCGCCAGGACAUGGAGAAGAGCCACAACAGCUCGACCAAUCAUUUCAGGAUAAAGCUGCUGCAAGCUGCAGCCCAGAUGCAGGCAGCGCUCUGCAUACAGGAUCUCGGCCAACUCUACCACAAACCUAUCAGGGACGUUCAAGGCACCCUGGUUUUCUCGACAGUGAACUACGUGAAGUCUCCGAAGAUUAUCUCAGUAUUAAACAGCAGGUGGUUGCCUCUGAGCAAGGUCACCAAGAAGGUGAUCACUCACGAGGAGAGCAACGUGGCGGAUAUUCUGAUAUCUAGUAUACAGGAACAGAUGACGUACCAUCAAGUUAGUAGCAUUAAGCUGACGAGAGGACUGUACUUGGGUUACCUGAAGAUGCAGAGCAGCGUGGACCUGAUUCAGGUCGUAGUACCUGCGAAGUCGCCCAACGUGUUGCCUCACUGUAAAAUCCGUGAUAAUCCUCACGUGUCCGCCGAAGAAUGGGAUUACCUGAAAAGGAUAACCCGCCUGCAGGCGGCGGACGUCUCCGGCAAAGACGCCGAAGAGAAAGAGAACGUGACGAACGAGUGCCAAGGCACCGAGCAGCAGAAACUAUUCGUUGACCUAGUCGCAGCAACUGCUAGACGACUAUUCAAUUACAUGGAGAUCAAUCCUGAAGACACCUUUUGCCACCGACUCUAUGACGCCGAGGUCAUCGAUCUAACUCACGACGUGUCGUUUCUCAUCGCCGUUCCUCCAGCGGAGACCGCUUGUUCGGUCCCCGGAACCAGAGAGAUACUUCUGCAAAGAGGGGAUCUAUUAUCUUUGCCCAUCCAAGUGUUCGAGAUGGUCCACUUGAACACCUACCAGAAGGACGUGAUCAACAGAUACUCGAGACUGAGCUGUAUCUUGGAGUUGGACACGGCGCAGGCACAGCACAACCACAGAGAAGCGUUCAGUUCUUUGGAACUGAGCGUGGCGAAGGACAAGCUGACCAGGCUUCAGGAUCUUCAGACGCAGGUGAACACGGUUUGGAAAGGAUCUAGGUGGCUGAUCGACGCGAUCACGUUCGCCAGGGACCGUGGAUCCUCUCAGCAAUGCGGCUCGUCGCAGGCGUUCGGGAUUUCAAUGAAGCACUUGCUCAGUCUAGAUAGAAACAAAAGCAACAGUAACAGCAACAGCCUGAAGAGGAGCUUGCUGCAGCUGCCGCCUCGGGACCCCAAGCUCGUCAAGUCCAGUCCAGGUCGAGGCAGCUGGCCAGGACCGAACGUGACCAAUUCAUCUUCGAACCUGCUGACGACAGAGUUUAGCAAGAGCGAGCAACAGCUGCCCAGCAGUCAGUACAUACGCAAAGGCAGCAACACGUCCAACAUGUCCACCGGUUCUGAGCCCCCGAAAUCGUCGGUGCCGCUGAGCAGCGCCAGCAAUCUCAGCAACACGACCAGCGGUGGCAGCAACAACCAUCUGGUACCGUUGCAAAACGCGAGGCUACCGCCCUCCAAGUCCGAGGACACUCUAAUCCUGACGAAAUAUAAACACAGCCCCAGGAAUAGGUCGGCGACGAUCACGUCCGCCUCGGCCAGCACCAGUCCUCUGCUCAGCAUCAAGCCGAUCAUCUACGGCGGCUCGCUGCUGAGCGUCUCUACCGCCAUGACCAACACCACCAGCCUGCUCAGCGUCAGUAACACCAACUCGGACAGUUUACACUCUUUGAGCAGCGACGAGUACUCGACGCCUAACUCGAGCGUCUGUAUAAAGAGUCUGGGCAAAGGGAAGCCGGCCAAACCCACAGCCAGCGUCGCAUCCAUGGCGACUGGCUCUUUGGAGAGCCAGUUGGAAGAGGAGAAGGACGAGGCCACCAUGAUGCCGGCUCCUUUGCCCGGCAUCCUUCAGGUCUACGCCGCCUACGAGACCGGUCUGGCAUCCGGAACGAGCCUGAAGCUGCACGUGACACCUCGAACAACAGCGAGGGAGGUGGUGAACCUGGUGGUGAAGCAACUGAACAUGGCGGUGGUGCUGAAGGGUCAGGAAGGUCCCAUUUACACGUCCGACGAGCUGCCGAACUUUUGCUUGGUGGCUGUGAUCGGUGCUCGAGAGCGUUGUCUCAGGGACGAUUUCCGGCUUUUGCAGUUGCAGAACCCUUGGAAGAAGGGCAGACUGUACGUUCGACAGAAGCAGGACGUGCUGGCUGCUCUGGAGCACAGCAGCAAGCACACCGCGUAUUUAUAGCAUAAGUAGAAACCGUGCAGCAGGAGGUCGUUGCGUAGAGAUACGGUUUCGAGGAAGAGAGAAACCCAGGUCCCGAGGCGAUACCGUGUAAGACACUUUCCAUCUUGUUAAUAAUCGGCGGCAGAAGCCAAGGAUCCUUUAGCUUAACGCGUUCUACGAGCUUCCGGAUCACAGACGAGCCUUCUUUUUCAUUUCUCUCCGCGAUAUUUCUUUUCUAAAGCUGUAGGUACUUCGCAGGAUGAUGAAGCUCCCAGACCAUGAAGGCUCUGGACGGUGUCAGGCAGAGUUUUCCUUCAUGAUUUAGAAUGCUCGAGUCGCGUUAAACAUGUACAUAACGAAGAGAGACGCUUGUACCCAGGUGUAUCUCGAGGCUCUAAGUAAGCUGCAAGUAAUUAGAUAGAGGUGUGCGAGUGGACGAGCGUGUUCCUCUUCGGGGGUGCUAUGUUCAGGCUGUAGUUUCCCAAUGCUUGCGUCGACGAGAUUUAGGGGACUUUCAAAAUUUCCAUUUUAAACUGGGAUCAAAUGAAUUGGAUCUAAAUCGAACCGUGGAAACCGUAGAAACCACUUUCUUAUCUGGAAAAAGGUUGGGAAACUAUGGUUAGACGAUGCGUACAUUCCAACGAUUCAAGCAGAGUCUAAGAUAGUCUGGAGCGGAUAAUACUCAAUCGUAUUGCUGUAUUUUAGGUACCGAUCUCAAUGUUUCAAUGCGAAUACACGGACGCUUCGGAGAUGAUCUCAUCUCGCGGACGUCGCGUUCAAGCGGAUUUGUAAAUUAUGAACCCGGUCGGUUCACCGAGAUCGAUACAAGUAUGAUCGAGUGAUCGACUGGGGCACCGUCUUGGACGCCUCGAUCGCGCGGAAGAUUUUAUAUUUAUAUUUGCCGACUAACUACGACGACCGAGCCUCGUUCAUGAAAACGGGACUAGGUUUUCGAGGCGGAUUAGCUGGUCCCCGUUCUUUUCUAGCGUCUUAAGGGAACCCAUCGGGCAUCGUGAAACGUGUACAGUGUUACACGAUAUGUUCACGAUGAUCCACGCGGGGGGAGUGGCUUUUGUUGCGCUCGAACAUCGACGGAAGUCGCUCGAAGCGCGCUUCUUUAGGGAUACGAGGUGGCGAUUAGGGCAGAUUGCGAGCGAGAACUGUAGGCGAUCGAUGAAAGAGGCUUUAUAGACUGUUGCUUAGAUUUAACGAAGACUAGCGCGAUUAUUUUUAACCCUGUAAUGGCACGUGCUGAUCUGCAGUAUUUAAAAUCCUAAAGAAGUGUGCGAUCAACCCACGUUUCACACUAGUAGAGAAAUCAUGGCCGUAUCCUAAUUUAAUUUCUUAAAAAUUCGUAUUAGCCAAACAGUAAUUAAAAAAUUAUUACGAUUUAUCUAUACUCGAUAUUCCAAUAGUUAUGCAGAAAUAUAGGAUUAAACGUGGAAUUUUGUAGAAAAGGGUGCGAUCAACCCUUGCUUAACACUAGGAAAAAUUCGACCGUGGCUGACUUACAUAGUUUCGUUUCCCAAAUACUUGUAUCAGCCAAACGGCAUUACGGAAAAUUAUUAAAUAACUCAUCUGUAUUCGAUGUUCGAAAUAGUCCCUGCAGUGAUACAGUGUUUAACGAGGUUGGCUCGCACCUUCGAGGUGUCUUAUCUUAUCGGUUGGCCACCAGAGUCCUCUCCCAAUCGAUCCCCCGGCUGAUCUGUCGACGAGAACAAAAACGCGCGGUCAUCGAAUCAAGACGAAUAAAGUCACUAGCAGGUUAAUUUUAGCGUUGCGUCCCUCGUAAAAAGCUAGACAUAGACGCGAAUGACUCGUAUGUGCCACUCUAGGGUUAAUUCGAGGCAGCGUUGUUUGCUCUUGAGCAAGGUUUGCUCUUUUUCCUUGCGUCCAAUUCGCCUGGCCGAUCAGGAUACGGUCGGCGGUAUUUUGUUACGAGAUUGCUCUCUUUCGUGUUCUCCGGGCCCGAUUUCGUUGGGGAGCGUGAAACGUUCUCUGGUGUCGAAGCAUCUGGAUUUGUAUAUUUGUAUUCUACGCGAACGAAUCGUGCACGCUUCUAACGCGUUUAUUCUCCGUUCAGGUUGCGAUCAGAUGGGCUGUGUGUGCGUGUGUUCGUCGCUGGCGGAAUUCUCGAGGAAUUUGUCUAUCGGUGGUCUCGAUCGAGCUUCCAGCCUUUCGAAGACUGUUAUUUGCGGUGGUUGAACGAUCGAUGCGGGGUGGAUUGUAUAAUGAACGCGCCCGGAACGCGCGGUACCGCUGUACAGCGGUCUCCAUGUAUUACUUAAUCGUUAGCGUUUGACGUAGAAACGUGUAACCGACGAGGUCAAAGAAAACCUUCGAUUGCAUCCAGAGUUUCGCUACUCGGGGAAACCAAAUAUUCUAUGCUAUAGCUUUCGAUUAACUGUGGACUUUUGUGCGGUUGGGUCGUUAGAAGCGUUUGGUAUUACUCGAUUUACACCCUGAAGAACGUAUGGCUAAUUUUACGUUGUCGACGAUUAAUUACAAUUUGCGAAUACGCGCGUUCGCUAAAUGUUUUAUCCGAGAAUGCGCGAUCGUAGUUUCUUUUCGGUAAAAUCGCACGAACGUCCAGAGUUUUCGGCCGGCAAUUUUCUUAAUCGUGAAAUUGGACUAAUUCCAACGUCAUUGAAUUAGCGUUAACGCGAUGAUCCGUCCUUCGGCGAGGGAAACAGGAAGAUCGGUCGAUCGACUGGACAGUGGUACCGAGCAACGAGGGGGCCACCUAAGUUUAAACGAAGAUAUACGAUGCACAUAUUUUUUUAUUGAGAAAACAGACGAGAGGGAGAGAGAAAGGGAGAGAGAGAGAGAAGGAGGAGAAAAGAAUAGAGAUUUUUACUGUAUCUUGUCGGAGUGCGUACUCGUCACUGGUUAAACAGGACACGAAUAAUUGAUUAGUACGCACUCGCGUGUUUCAUCGGAUUUAGCAGAAAAAGAGAUAUGAAGAGAGAGAGAAAGAGAGAAAGAUGGUGAUAUGCGUGUAUCGUGAAAGAGCGGGAGAGUGUGGGAGAGAGAGAAAGAGAUUCACUGAAGAGAACUUAAAAAAACGAAAGAAAAGUUAGUAAAUUUUAUUAGCUCUACUUGAGUGUUUAUCGAUGUUGAGUGUAAAAUAAUCAACCUAGCGGAUAAGUGUUAACGCCGGGAGGAGGUACGAAGUUUAAACAACGCCUAGAUUCUCCUCCCGAAUUAAUGAGAGCGAGCGAGCGAGUGAGAGAGAGAGAGAGAAAGAAAGAGACGAGAAAUUAUGCAUUAAAACUACAAACGGACAAAGAAACGAACUACUUGUAAAUAUUCAAAGAAAUCUAUGUAUGUAUAAAAUAUAAAUUCAGAAUGACCGAA